UUCUAUUCCAGAUGAUGUUGAUAUUGACCAAGCCAGCAACAAUAGAGCCACUGAUCAACCUGUUCAUGACCAUGCUGAUGAUUUACAUGAGGUUUCAUCUGCAUCCUGACCGUGUUGAUGGACAGACCAAUCCAUCUACAGAGGGACUUACCAUACUAGCGGAAGGACCGAGCCAGAGGCAACCAGCUGUAGGACAUAGCUUGGGGGAACCAACCUUCUCAAUGACCGCUCAAACAGCACGAGGAGUCGUUCACUGCUGUGAAUGUAAUAAACCUCGACUCUACUACAGUCGCACCAAGUUGACAAGCAAACAAAACCUCUUGAUAGCUAAAUGUAUAUCUAAAUUCACCUUUACCUGUGGGGCUCCUAUUGCCCAUCCUUCUUACUUGAGUUUGUAGAGGUGUAGUAUCCAGAAAACUCACAUGUGGCAACCGAUUGA